CCCGCCCACCCCGCAGCCAUGGCCGCCGCCUGCUGAAAACGAAGUGCGCAGCAGAACGACGCGGCAGAGGGGGGCUCUUCACGGAGCAGUAAACAACAACUACCGAGGUGAAACAGCAGCUCGUAUCCUUCACCAGCCAACAUGACAGCAACUGUUAUAUCUCCUUUCCUGGAAUACGGAGAAGUCGCAAACAAGAACAAUAAGAUGUUCACAUACAGCAACAACAAUAGUCUUGGUGGAACUCAGCUGACGCCUGCCACAUGCUCCAGUGCCAACCACUCCUGCAACCCCAUUGAGUCUCUGCUGGACAGGAAGGUGGUGGAGGCCCCCUCUCCAGUAGGCCUUUUCCAGCGCCGUCACUCUGUCAGCCUCCCCAGUACGAAGUUCAUUCAGAAUCAGUUUGUCAACAGCCUUAAAAUGGAUCCCUCAGUGUUGCUCGGUAACAGCUGCAGUGGCAACAACAAGGAGAACCAUUUUCGUGAGCGCUCUUACUCAGAGCUAGGGGACAGGCUGCGGCCAGGUAAUCAAGUGUGUGUGGGGGUAAGUAGCCAAGUCAACCCUAGCCGUUAUAAAACAGAGUUGUGCCGACCCUUUGAGGAGAACGGCUCCUGCAAGUACGGAGAUAAGUGCCAAUUUGCCCAUGGCUUGCAUGAGCUGCGCAGCCUCAGCCGUCACCCAAAGUAUAAGACGGAGCUGUGCCGCACCUUCCACACAAUUGGUUUCUGCCCAUACGGCCCUCGCUGCCACUUUAUUCACAAUGCAGAGGAGCGCCGUGGGCCCCCUCCCCUCUCUGUCUUCAACAAGAUGGUGCGCCCUCGGCUGCAACACAGCUUCAGCUUCGCUGGCUUCCCCAGCUCAGGCGGCCUGGAUGAUAACCCUACCUCAGUCACACCUCCACCAGUGUUCUCCACUGAAGACCUGACGGCGUUGCAGAGCAACCCCUUCACCUACUCAAGCCAGGAGCUUACCGGCCUGUUUGGCCAAAGCUUGGAGCACCCACUUCCAUGCGAGCCUCAAGGUCUGGUCCCCUCUUCCCCAACCACUCCUUGCUGUUUUCAACCCACAUCAGAGAGCCCCCCCAUUCCCCCAGACUCUCUGUCUGACCAAGAGGGGUACCAGAGCAGCGUGGGCAGCCAGAGUGGCUCUGAGUCCCCCCUCCUGGAUGCCUCUCGUCGUCUCCCCAUCUUCAGCAGGCUUUCAAUCUCUGAUGAUUAAGGUGCACCACGGCAUUGUUUGACCUGAGGGAGAGCAGGAGGGAAGGAGAAGAUUGAGACCACCAACCUCAAUAACUCCCUCCUCCUCCUCUCAGUCUUGUUUACAGGAGUAGGAGAACACCGGAUGCCUUCUCAUUUGAGGAUUGUCUCGCCUUCAAGGACCCCCACCAAACACCGAUCAAGUCUCCUCAACGUGAUGAACAGUUGGUACACCAGAAUCAUCUAAAAGUACAGGCCCUGCAUUGGAGGCCAUGAUGAAGUAAAUGCGAAAUGAUUUUGAGCAGAAGCUCAGAGGUCACACUAUAAAGUAGUUUAAUGACUUGUUGGUGCAGUCAGAGUGGCAGUGGGGGCAGUUUGUGUGUUCAUUGUCCAGUAGAGGGUUAUUACCUGUGCUGCAAUCUUUACACCUCCGGGGCUUAUCACAGCUCAGUGUUCAACUUUUAAAUGAUAGUUACCACAAAGUGAACUGGAGAACGUUUCUUAAUUAGACUUCUCUUCUAGUCGUGUCCAGCUUCCUGUCCCUUGCCAUGUGAUUGUUUAUUUUUUUUGAGGCCGACUUGGAUUAUUAUGUGCCUUGUUUCACUGAGCUGGUGGUCAGUUAUCUUUCUCUAGGGGUUUUGAGUGCACAAAGUUUUUGAACAGGAUUCAAUAGAAAUUCUGAAGCCAAAGCUUGAAUUAAAGGGGAAUUUCACUCAAAUUACAAGAAAUAUUAUUUCACUUCCCUUUUAUUAACUUGUAUAGUCAAGCUUUUCUUUUUCCAGUCUCUUAAGAUUUCAGCCUCCAUCCCAAAACAUUGACGGUGGGUGGAAUUUAGUUUAUGUUCAAAGAGUUAAAAUAGAUUUGCUUUAGAUCAACAUCAGCAUCUCUGAACUAGGAUCUCUGGAUCAGCCACAGAAAACACUGGGGGCUGUUUUCUCAGUCUUUUUGUAAAAAGGAGUUCUAUUGACUGCUGUUGUCACUGAAGUCUGUCUUGAAAAAGACAACACUUUAGCAAGGGAGGAGGUAAGAAAGAUAGUCUUUUCUCUGGUAGUUUGGGUGACCUCUUAGCCGUUGGCAGGUUCCUGCUAUUAAUUUGCCACUUCAGAGUCAUUAGAGUUCAAACUCUGCUGCAAAGUUGAUAUCAUUAAAGCCUCAAUAGUUCAGCAGUUGAGCCUUUUCAAUCCCACACCUUUCCAACCCCCCUCAGAUCAAUUCUGUGUCUGAGGUGAUAUGUUAGACAGCUGUCUGAAAUCAGGUGAACCUGAACUCUUCUGUUGAUUCCACCAUGUUUAAUUAUUAUGAUUAUUAUUAUUAUUAUUAUUAUUAUGGUCAUGUUAUUUUCUAGUUUGUUUCUCAGAGUCUUUAGUGUUGGGGCUCUGGUCAUCACUGCUUAUUUAUCAAAAUGUAUUUAUUGCUGAUCUUAAGCAUUUUUUUUAUUUUGUAUUUAUCUGGUUAAUUAAACUAUAGAAUAUAUAUUUUCUUUUAUGUUAAAUUAUGAUCUUCCAUAUUAAUCACAGGAUGACUGUUUAUUUUUAUUCACAGUUAAUAUAUUAUUCUGCAAUGACGUUUUUUGUAACACUUGAUUUAUUUUGAACGUGAAUUUUAAUUUAAAACACAAAGGUUUAGCAUUUGUAUUUAUUUUGUGUUCCUUCCACAUGCACCAUCAGUUCGAGGUUCUUUGUGGCAAUCUGAAGGCACGGACGCAUUGGAAGUGGCAAAGUUAAUGCCCCACUGCAAGCUGUAUGCCUAACUACAAACUUUAUCUAUUCAUUAUAGGGGUAGAAAUCUGUUGCUGCCAUUAUCAGUUUCAAGUGAAGAGAGAAGCCAACACAGUAAUUACCAACUAAUUGGAUAACCAGGGUAGAGUCAUAGUUUCUGAUGGUCUGGACUAAGUAUGAAUGCACUUAGGGUGCGGGUGGUGUUGGUUUUACAGGGUUUUUCCAGCCAACAUUCACAAUGUGUGCCUCUAUCACAGCUGCCAGAUACCGCGUGUGUGUGUGUGUGUGUGUGUGUGUAAAAGAUGGGGUGAAAAAAAAUGAAGACCUUACUCUCUCACGCGCUUUUAAUAGGUUGUGUGAGAGUUAAGACUUUAGGUGUAGUGUUAGGGGCUGGAGAAUACAUUAUCUCAAUGAGCGUCUGAACAGCUAAUGUGUGUGUGUGUGUGUGUGUUUUGUUCUACUGGCUCUGUGUCUGAUACCUGUACUCUGGAGCAGGAUUUGUGUUCAGUGAGGUAACUUCAGGUUUGACCCUUGGUAAAUCGUCAUGGCAAUUUAUGCUGCACAGCUACUUUGAGAUAACAGGUCAGCAUUUAUAUAAGCGUAGCAUGACCAAUCAGUUCGCUUGGAAAAUUGAGUCACUACACAGUGUUUUCCAAGAAACUAUUUAUUUAUUUAUUUGAGACGUGAGACUGCAGCUGACAGUAUAAGACUAAAAACCGUAAAACACAUCCCGUGAAUAGAUCUAAGCAAACACAUUAACUUAAUGGAAUACAAAAAUGUACUAAGUCAGAUCUGCUGGUGCUGUAGUGAUGAAUAAUAUUAACCUACACAGUCACACAGUCUGGUUUUUCUUCUUGCUACUGCUGUUUUCCCCCUUCAUUGUCUUAACACGCAGGGUGUAUUUUUGUCAGAGUACCUAAUGGCUCUGAGGUAUUAAAUUUACUGUGACUGUAUAUAAAUUUAUAUUUAUUAAAAUGAUUUUAAGGGCUUUCAGCCUCAUUUGGAAAUUGCACCAAAAAGUAUGGGGAUGUAAGUUGUGAACAAUAUAUUUAGUGGUUUUACCUCCCUCCUAUGAUAAGCAUACCACUGGAAAACAAUUUUUGAAGAGAAUCGGCGCAAACAAUAUUGAACAUUAGGAUAUUCAGAAAUGACGGUAUUCGUAUUGAUCUACUGAAAUUGAUUGAAUUCACAGUGAGUCACAGAACUAGUGUGUACAUAUCCCUUUACCAUCUCCUCUCGGCACUCAACAAAAUUCCUAAUGUCAAGAUGGGAGUGUUGCCCACAGUUUACAAUGAAUCCAGGCCUCUUAUCUCUCACCCUGCAGCAGUCCUGGGUAGAACUAGCAGCUCUACCCUAUAGACUGGUUCUGGAACAGUCUCGUCGUCAUACUAUGGUGAAUUCUCAUUUGAUUAUCAGCCACUUAUACUGACAAAACAUUUUUAGGUUGUUGUUUUGAAAGGCUGAGGAAGCCUUCUGUUCCACAGUAUCACACAUAGGUCAUGAUGAUCAGGAUUAUGUAAAGCUUAUUUUUGACCACUUUUUCAAUGAAGUGCCUAUAAACACAUUCCAGGUUCCCCAAAUGUGCCUUCAUACGUUUCUCUAUAAGAUGUAUUCUUGUCAUUAAACAGGACUGACACGUGAAAUGCAACUGUUGAAUGUAUUCUACAGCAGAUUUUGCUGUCACCACAGUAAUUUCUCAGUUUAUGGUUUAUUUUGUAAUGACAGAUUGCAGUUACAACCAAUAAAGUCUUUAUACUGAAAA